AGAGUAAGUGCGCUGCCUCUCCCUCUCCUCAGUUUUCCCUCGGUGUCUCACUUCGCUUCGUUCGUUGGAUUUUCCUUGAACUAAGGACGAGGGAGGAAACAGAAAAGAGGGAAGAAGAAAGAUAACGACUCACCUGUGCGCGACUAAACCCUAUCGCUUUAGUGCUGCAUCGGGCAGAGGUGCAGAAGAAGACCAGACCAACGAGAGGAGGAGGAAGAGGAGGGGAAAGCAAGACGAGAGCAGAGAGAGAGGAAAAGUGCAGAGCGACGAAAGUUCGCACACAAAGACGUGGAAAAGGAGAAGAAGAAGAGACAGACGGUCCAGGUGCAGCCCCUCAGGUGAACCUCGUCGAGUCGGGAUGGACAAAGUGGAACGAGUGAUGAAGAUGGUGAAGAGGAUGUCACCGAGGAAGAAGAGGAGAGAGGGGGGAGGAGGAGGGAGAGGAGGAGGAGGAGGAGGAGGACCAGGGGAGCUGGAGAGCCCGGACACCCUGUGUGACGAACUGUGCCGCUUCAGCCUCUGCAUCGGUGAUGAUGGUCCAUACGGAAAAACAAAGGAUAUCUCUGGACCUGAACAAAACAUGACCUCCAGAAGACACAGUAUACCAGAAGCUCUGCGGGGCGUGACCAUGGUGGAGCUGGUGAAGAAGGAAGGCAGCACGCUCGGCCUCACCAUCUCAGGCGGAACCGACAAGGACGGCAAACCACGGGUAUCGAACCUGCGGCCCGGAGGACUGGCGGCCAGGAGCGACCAGCUGAACGUCGGCGACUACAUCAAGUCGGUGAACGGCAUCAAUCUGACCAAGCUGCGUCACGAGGAGAUCAUCAGCCUGCUGAAGAACGUGGGGGAGCGAGUUCUGCUGGAGGUGGAGUACGAGCUGCCCCCUACAGCACCAGACAGCACCUCAGGAGUGAUAUCAAAGACAAUCGACAUCUGUUUGCACAAAGAGGGAAACAGCUUCGGUUUCGUCAUGAGAGGGGGAACGCAGGAGGACUGGCACCGGUCACGCCCCCUGGUGGUCACCUACGUGAGGCCCGGCGGCCCUGCAGACAGGGAGGGCACGCUGCGGCCCGGCGACCGUCUCCUCAGCGUGGACGGCGUGCCGCUGCACAACGCCAACCACAGCGACGCCCUCGUCGUGUUGGCGCAGUGCGGCCAGGAAGCUCUGUUCCAGAUCGAGUACGAUGUCACGAUCAUGGACACGGUAGCGAACGCGUCCGGGCCGCUGCUCGUGGAGAUCGCGAAGUCGCCAGGAGCGACGCUGGGCAUCACGCUGACGUCGGCCAGUCAUCGAAACAAGCAGGUCAUCGUCAUCGACCGGGUGAAGCCUGGCAGCGUGGUGGACAGAUGUGGGGCGUUGCACGCCGGGGAUCACCUGCUGUCCAUAGACGGCACGUCGACGGAGCACUGCACCGUGCUGGAGGCCACGCAGCUUUUGGCGAGCACGACGGAGCUGGUGAAACUGGAGAUGCUCCCGUCCCACCAGACGAGGCUGACGGGGAAACAGCACGACUCAGUGAAGGUUCAGAAGUCGGACCACCCCCACUCCUGGGACCCCUGUGUGAACUACUGUCACCCGCCGAACUCCGCCCUCUGUCACACGAGCUCCGCCCUCUGCAACACAAGCUCCACCCUCAACAAGUCGUGGACCGCCUCCAACAACAACACCAUCAACAGCCUCGACUACUGCAAGUCUCUGGUUUCUGCCAGCUUCUCUCCCGGCUCCACGACCACGUCGGGCCCCAGCAGCCAGAGCUCCAGCACCUUGCCCCGGCCCACGGUUCCCAUGAGUCCACGCAACUCGCUGCUCAAACGACGGCCGAGGAAGAAAGAGCACAAGAGCUCCUUGUCCCUGGCGUCCAGUUCCGUGGGUCCGGGCGGUCAGGUGGUCCACGUGGAGACCGGCGAGGUGGUCCUGACGGGCGACCCGCUCAACGGCUUCGGCGUCCAGCUGCAGGGAGGAAUCUUCGCCACGGAAACGCUGUCCGCGCCGCCGCUGGUCCGGUUCAUCGAGCCCGACAGCUCGGCAGAGAGGUGUGGCCUGCUCCAGGUGGGGGACCGCCUCCUGUCCAUCAACGGGAUCCCCACCGAAGACGGGACGCUGGAGGAAGCCAAUCAGCUCCUGCGAGACGCCGCUCUGACCAACAAGGUCUCGCUGGACAUCGAGUUCGACGUCGCAGAGUCGGUGGUGCCGAGCAGCGGGACGUUCCACGUCAAGCUGCCCAAGAAGAGAGGAGUGGAGCUGGGGCUCACCAUCAGUGCCAGUAAGAAGCCAGGGGAGCCCCUCAUCAUCUCUGACAUCAAGAAGGGCAGCAUGGCCCACAGAACAGGAACUCUGGAGCCCGGCGAUAAGCUGCUGGCCAUCGACAACAUCCGGCUGGAGAACUGCUCCAAAGACGACGCGGAGCAGAUCCUCCAUCAGUGUGAGGAGCUCGUCAAACUGAAGAUCCGCAAAGAUGAAGACAACUCUGACGAGCAGGAGACGUCGGGCAGCAUCAUCUACACGGUGGAGCUGAAGCGGUACGGAGGCCCUCUGGGCAUCACCAUCUCAGGCACCGAGGAGCCUUUCGACCCCAUCACUAUAUCUGGCCUGACAAAGAGAGGCCUGGCCGAGAGGACGGGGGCGAUUCACGUCGGGGAUCGGAUCCUGGCCAUCAACAGCGUCAGUCUGAAAGGGAAACCGCUGAGCGAAGCCAUCCACCUGCUGCAGAUGGCCGGAGAGACGGUCACGCUCAAAAUCAAGAAACUGCUCGACAACGUGGACGAGCGCAAAGCGGCGGAGGCGGACGACGCGACGGAGAACGAGCUGAGUGACACCGAGGACGACGACUUGACGGACAGCCAGCAGACCAACAAGCUGUCCGAGCUGUACUCCACAACCAUACCCAGCGUGGACUCCGCCAUGGAGUCAUGGGACGGCUCCGGGCAGGACGCCGGCUAUGGCAGCCAGGGUACGUGGUGGAAUAACACUUGCAGACUGAGAGGUACGUACAACAACCAAGCGGUCGGUAUCGCCCUCCACCCUCACGAGUGGCGUAGCGCCAAGCAGCAGCAGCAGCAGCAGCAGCAGCGCAGCACCACACCUCCUCCUCCUGGUCACCGGAAGAACUACCCCUUCAGCGACGGAGGGUUCAGUGAGGACGACUGGGACAAACCACCGGGCUUCAUUGGCCAACAAGCAGACGGAAUUCUGCUGGACCCCGACGACAGUUUCUGGUGUCAGGCGCUCGAGGACCUGGAGACCUGCGGCCAAUCAGAGCUCCUCAGAGAGAUAGAGGCGUCCAUCAUGACAGGCACGGCCAUCAGUCUGGGCGUCGAUGGCGCGAACAAGACUGCGGUUGAGCCCAUGAUGAGCCACAGCAGGAUGAGCCCACUGCGGAGAAAUUCCCUCCUGCUCCAGGGAAACCUGCACCUGCACCAGGCCACGCACCUGCACCAGGGGGCCCACCUGCACGAGGAGGCCCACCUGCACGAGGAGGCCCAACUCCACCAAGACGCCCACCUGCUCCAGGACAUCCAUUUCAGCCAGGAGGCGCACCUCCACCACGACCACCAAUCGCCGCUGCUGCACCACGAGCCCAAGUCCAAGGCCUCGCUGAGGGUGUCGGAGAGGACGUGGGAGUCCCGUCGGAUCAAAGAGGAGAUGCAGGGGAUUCUGUCCCCGACGCCUCUGGAACUGCACAAAGUGACCGUGAUAAAGGACCCGGAGGGCGACGACUUCGGCUUCAGCGUGUCGGACGGCUUCCUGGAGAAAGGAGUUUACGUGAACAUGAUCAGACCCGAUGGACCAGCUGACCGAGCCGGGCUCAGCCCCUACGACAGGAUCCUGCAGGUGAACCACGUGCGGACGAGGGACUUCGACUGCUGCCUGGCGGUGCCGCUCAUCACGGAGGCCGGCGACCGACUGGAGCUGGUCAUCAGCCGCAACCCGCUGGCCAACGACGACCCGGAGGACAACAACAACACCUUGGACCACCCACUCCACCUGUAACACACACACACACACACACGCACUCUCUCUGCCACAGACGUACUGUACAACUGGUGAUGAAGUUGGAACUGGCUCAAACACUCUGUCCACCGGCUUGCAAUAAUUUGACUUCACCACACACACACACACACACACACACACACACACACACACACACACACACACACACACACCUGCAUGCUGAUGGUCGCCCCCCCUCCCCUUCUCACAGUUUCUACGUGAAACCACCAGAGGAUCCAACGCCUCCAUCACAGCCGCCGGUCUCACCAACAAACUUCACCAACAUCAAACCAGGAAAAUUUCAACUGAUCCGGAUUGUUUAAAAGAAAAAUCGUGAUUUUUACUUUACAAACAAACCGGCAAUGUGAGCGAGGUAAUGUCUGCUGCUCUUUAACGCCAGGCCACGGGUUUACAGUAUAUAUAGAAAUGUUCCCGUCAGCUGGUGCCGGACGGAAUCUGCCUUAUUAUACCACGAUGUUGUUCAGUGAAACUUUCCUGGUGAAAGUGAAUCGAUGAAGAGAUUGCCUUGCUCAGAUUUCAGAUGUUAUUACUUCUUGGGAAUGAGACUGGGAUGGAGUCAGACGUACGUCCUUGCUGAGAUUCUGCUCGAGGGCUCCUGCUUCCAAAACGAUUACCAGCUUUCUCCUCGGCCGUCCAGGCGACUUCUUCAUUGGACAUCGCAAGGUCAGCAUGGUGAUUUUCAAAAAAUAUCAAAAGGACAAUCAGAAUUCUUGCAAUUAACAAGGUCAAGACAAUGAUGUCAUAGCAACCCCAACACUCCUUUGUUCAAUUGGAAUUAUUGAAGGGAAAGUGUUUGAUCGCGUUCGUAAAAAAACAACACAUUUAUGCCAUUAACUCUGCUGUGUGGCUUUUUUUUUUUUUUUUGAAAUAUAAACAAAACAAAAUAAUAAAAAAACGUAUGUUUCACUCUGCACAAGCUAAAGACGUUUAAGUCUCCGAUGAAAAGAGACGGCAGAAAAUAAUGAAAAGCCAACGGGAACAUGUUUAAUCUUUACAUGAGACGAACGCGUUACAUAAGAUCCAUAAGGUCCAUAAGGACACGAUGACACGAGAACCAAAAUCCUGAGCGGAAGCUGCGUCGCUUAACGGCAGCAACGCUACGCUUUCUGCAAGAUGCAGUUUAGCAUCUAAUGCUUCAAAAAAAUUCAGAAGCAGGACUAAGCAAGUUGAGUUUGGUUGUGAGUGAACGUUACUGUACAACUGGAUACACGAGAGGCGGGUCGCACCCAGGACGCCGCUCCUGAGGUCCAGCACUCACCAAGUAGCAUCGUCUUCACUGUAGGAGGCGACACGGUUCACAGGCACUCCGUUGUAAUCAAGGUUUCUUAAAGAGCAUUCACAGAACAAAUGCUGGAAGUUAUCUUCACCACAGACCCACAGCACUUUGGACGGAUUCGGUGGCGAACGCUCCCGUCCGGAGCAGAGAGAGUUCGUCGUGUCAUCUGCAAACGUUAAGAUCAAAUUUGUGCCAAACUGCAAGUGGCCACACCUACUGUACUGUACUGUACGGUUUUACACAGUGAGAGUGUGCACGUGUCUUAACCCUUUUGAUUCACGUUUGGUUGUUGGUUUUAUUCUGGAGAAAGGAGCUCACAACACAUGCUGUUUCUCACGUACUGUACGAACGGUUCUCGAGCGAGAUCCCGACGCGAGGUGCGUCGAAUAGCGCCACCCUCGCGGUGACGGUCAUCUAGUGACCUCUACUCAUCACGCUCCGUCUCCGGCUGCCAAAACCCUUCUCUGUUUCUCUUCGCCCAGAUCAACUGUGGAUCUACACAAGUCGGAGCGGCUGCAGCUGCACUUCCCACUGCAGCUGUCCGAGCACAUUCACGUGUGUGUGUGUGUGUGUGUGUGUGUGUGUGUGUGUGUGUGUGUGUGUGUGUGUGUGUGUGUGUGUGUGUGUGUGUGUGUGUGUGUGCGCGCGCGCGCACCGGUCGGACAGUCACAUUUUCAUAUGCAUGUUCCUGUGUGUGACGAUAGACAGAACUGUGUGUGUGUGUGUGUGUGUGGGGUGUGUGUGUGUGUGUGUGUGUGUGUGUGUGUGUGUGUGUGUGUGUGUGUGUGUAUGUGAGAGACAAAGAGAGAACAGGAACAACCACAACUUCUGUUCUCUCUCACUCUUUGCUCACAUUGUUACAUAAGACAGCUAGAAACCAGCUGCCCCCUAUGAGAACACCCGCAUGUGUGUGUGUGUGUGUCUGUGUGACUGAGGAAGCCUGUGUGUGUGUGUCACUUUAUAUAUAUGUAUGUAUAUGUACAUGUGUGUAUCUACGGAUGGCUGCGUUUUUCUUUUCCAGCGCGUAUGAGCAUGACCAAGCAUUUUUAACAUGAGUGUGUGUGUGUGUGUGUGUGUGUGUGUGUGUGUGUGUGUGUGUGUGUGUGUGUGUGUGUGUGUGUGUGUGUGUGUGUGUGUGUGUGUGUGAGACACAGAGAGAGAGAGAGAGCUAGGUGGUGUACAUUUCAUUGUACAGUGGUGAUAUUCUUCAGGGCUGUUCACCUUCUUCCCCCUGACGAGACUGAAAACAGCACAGACUCUCAGACUUUUGUCAGAGAAAGUAAAAAUUUUCAUAUUAACUUUUAAGGGGACUGCAACCUCUUUCCAAGCACUUACUACAAAAAGAGAAGCACACUGUUGAAUACCAUGCACUGUAAGUAUUUCCAUGUACAACGGUAAAACAAAAAAAAAAAACUUGUCUGAGUGUUGUUUUUUUUACGCAACAUCAAGUGGCCAAAAAAGGAAAUGAAAAAUCCAGAUGUUUUGUAAAGCGACAAAAAAAAAAAAAGGAAAAGAAACAAAAGCAACAGACAUUGCUGAGAAAAGCCUUCCAAACAAAACUGUUCUGUCGGUUUCUAUGUGUAUGUAUGUAAAUACGUCAGUGGUCAGUCAUACUCCCUAUGCAUUUCUGGGUCAAAGGUCAGUUCAAGUCCAAUCCGGAACCGUAACAGAAGAGAAAUUUAAAAAAACAACAUGUAUCAUCUUAACGUGGUUUUAUUUUAUGUUACAAAUGCAUAUUUACAUCUUUAAGUGUUGAUUAAAAUGUAGGACUGACACUGUAAUACUUUUAAGUUAAUAUUCUUAUAAAUUAGUGAGUAUUUAAAUCUUUCAGCGGGAGAAAAGCAUUUUAUUACCGUGAGUCACUCGCCUGUCACUCCCCCUACUACACAAGAUAUACUGUGUUCUUAAUAUUCUGGAUCAUAUAUAAGUUUUAAAAAAACACCCAGUGUCUUAUACCAAGAGGAGGAGAUUUUUCUUGACCAGUUAUGACAACGAGCCUGGAGAAAUGUGUGUGUUGUCCAUGACGAGGUCGUGUUGGGCACCAAGCACACGUCGAGGUUCCUACUGCUGGGAAUAUAUUUGCUAAAGUGGCUCUGCAGAAUUCUGACUUUGCUUCAUACGACCAAGACAGAUCAUUUUCAUCCUAAUAAAAACUAUCUGGUCACAUAACUGCACUUGACGUAGUGAACUCACCUAACACCAAGAAAACCACUGGUAACAGUUGAUUAGCUUAGCAUUAGCUUUGCCCAGACAUUGGAAAACUUUGGUGAAUUGUUAGCUAACCAUUAGCUUAACUUACAACCAACCGUCUCGCCUUUAGUCAGCUGCUGUAAACGUUAGCUCUUUGCUAAUGGUUACAGCUAUAAUGAAUAACUAAAUAUACAUUUUAAGAGACAGUACCUCGUUAACUCACCAUUAGCUUAUUUCUACGAAGAUGGCGGCUAUAUGCGAUGAUUAAUUUAGCUAAUCAUUGAGUUAGUACAGUAUCUGGUUGCUUAGCAACUUGGCUACUCCCCAGAAAAUCACAGUUAGCUAACCAUAGUGUAGCUUUACAUCAACAUUUAAGUUAAUUUACUACAUGUAAUUAUUAUCUUAUUUAUUACCAUAGUUUGUGACCAACUAAUCAACCAUUUUUAUCCUGAACUGACUCUACAGUUAGCUAGGUAACCAUAUGAAACUUCUACGUCACAAAGAGAAAAUAUGUCUUGUUGCAUAUUUUGAAAAAUUUGCUAAUUAGUAAUAAUGGUCUGUUACUCAUGCAAGUUUCUCCAAUAUUUGCUUCCCA